AUGAGUUCACAAUAAAAGUUCUUCGUUGUGAGGAUCAAAUGCUAUGAAUUAAGUCCUAUUUAAAAUGCGGGCGAAAUAAAUUCACAGGUUGUCGUGAAGGAACAGGGGGAUAACAAAUGGAACGAAAAGGGCAAAACAGAGGUUUAAUUGAAUCAAAGAAACCCUCAAUUUAGCACUUCGGUUCAAUUGAAUUAUUAAUUCGAAACAUCUUAUAAAGUUCUGUUUGAGGUUUAUAACUGUCACCAGGAAAAGAAACAUUUAAUUGGGUACACGGAAGUGAACAUCUAAACCUUGUUAGCAGCCAAGGAUCAGAUCUAUAAUACGGAUAUCUGCAAUAAAAACAAGAAAGUGGGCAGAAUAGUUUUAAUUGGAGAGUAUCAGAAAUAUAAAAAUGAUAUGGUUGAGUUGAUACUAUGUAAAUCUAAUCUAUUACCCUUAGCUGCUGAUUCAUUGAGCAGGAAGUGUUGCAUCUUCAAUCUACAACCCUCCCAACCCUAUAUUAAAAUCUCGAGAACCUUCCAAGACACAAAUGAGUCCAAUCUAGUGUAUCAAUCCGAACCCAUCAAAUUCCCUGACAGGAGAACUUGGCCUGAGAUCAAAAAGAUGGCAAGGGACAUCUGCAACAAUGAUAGUGAUGCUGUCUUGCAAAUUGAAAUUUUCGACAAGGGAAGAAGCAACGAUAUUUAUAUCGGAUCUGUCAACCUAUCAAUAUCUCAAAUGUUGGACAAGAAGGGUCAGAGAAAUCUAUAGCACAAGGGUAAUUAAUGCAUAACAGGACAGUUAAGCAUUUAAAAAUGUCUAUUUAGAGAAAUACCUACUUUUGAAUAAUAUUUAUAGGAAGGUUUGCAAUUGAAUCUAAUGAUUUCUAUUGAUUUUACUGACUCCAAUUUAGAACCCACAAAUCCUUAGAGUCUGCAUUAUUUUGAUGUAACUAACAGAAGACUUAGUCAAUAUGAAUAAGCUUUAAGAAAUGUCUCAGAGAUUUUGAUUCAAUACGACCACGACAAACGAGUUCCUUUGUUUGGUUUCGGAUUUGAGAUGGACGGCAAAGCACAUCAUUGCUAUCCAUUGAAUCAUAACUUAGAAGACCCAGAAGUGGUGAAUAUACUGGGAUUAUUUCAAACUUACAGGAAUUUCGUAGGAACAGUCAAAUUCUCUGGUCCCACAUUAUUUAGACCAACAAUUAAGGAAGCUAUGAAGACAGCCAAAGGAUUUAAAGAAGCAAGAAGUGAGAAGUAUGUUGUAUUGGCUAUACUAACAGAUGGGAUCAUCAGUGACUUUGAUGGUGCCUUUGAGUUGAUCGUAGAUUGUUGUGAAUUGCCAAUUUCGAUUGUUAUUAUUGGAAUUGGAGAUGCUGAUUUCACAUUGAUGGAAAGAUUGAACAACAAUGAUCUGAAUGAAAUCGAUUCAUAAGGCAGAAAAGCAACUAGGGAUUUAGUUAAAUUUGUAGUUUUCAAUAAUUAUAAAAAUGAACAAAAGAAGUUCGCUUAGGAAGUGCUGUCUGAACUACCAGAUUAGGUGGUAAAUUACAUGUCAACGAUUGGCAAAAUGCCAGGAAGUCGAGAAUAGAAGAAUCAGCCAUUCAUUGCUUAGAACUAACAAUUUGAUUAAUAUUAUUAACCCAAAGGCAUACAGAGGUAGAAUACUUUGAAACGUCUUUUGGGAGAGGCUGAAGAGGAGUAUCAACCAGAUGAAAGAACCAUCAUCACUUAGAAUUAGUUUAUACAACAACCCUUUAUAUAUCAAUAAUAGUAAGAUCAAGGACAGGGACAAUAGGUAUUUGGAUAGCAUCUCUACCAUCAAAUUUAUAACAAUGUGCAGAAUCCCUUGUUAGAACAAGAACCUCUCACUUAAAAGAAUUUGUCCCAAAAUCUGAUUAAUUCAAACUACAAUCCAAACCCUCAGACUCAAGUUACCUACUUGGGUGGACUUAUGUCUAAUCACAAUACCAAUCUACAACCUAAACAAUCGGUGUCUCACAUAAUCGAAAAUGCUGAAUUCAAUAAUCAACAUUCAGAAGGUUCCUUCCCUCUGAUGGGAAAUGAUGAUCAGUAGCAACAAAAUGCUUAAAGAGACGAAGAAAGGGCCUAAAAUAACUAAAAUAGAAACCAAAGUAAUUGA